AUGUCAUUUCCCCUGUGGAGUCCUCACAGCUCCUCGUGGGCGCUGUCGAGGCACAUCAGAGUGCAUCACUUCAACACUGGAAACUCAUUCAAGACAUUUUUCCAGGAUCUCUGGUGGCUGCUCUUUGGAAUAAUCCUACUUUGUUCCCCAGUACGUUGCUCUGUCUUUAAAAUUGGACUGCUUGGACCCUGGAACUGUGACCCCUUCUUUUCCAAAGCCUUUCCCCAUGUGGCUGCCAGGUUAGCUGUGGGACGAAUAAGCAGAGAUCCUUCACUAGCUCUUGGCCACCGGCUGGAUUAUGUGGUUCUGCAAGAAGAAUGUGACACGCCAAAAGCUCUGGUUAGAUUUUUUGACUUUGGAAAGCUUUCCUCAGCUUUUAUAGGCCCUCUAAACCCUGGCUUCUGUGAGGUGGCUGCACAUUUAGGGAAAAACUGGAAUAAAGCUAUCUUUUCAUGGAUGUGCAUCAAUUAUAAGUUGGAUUCCACCAUCCACCAUAAUGCAUUUGCAAGAACUCUGCCCUCUCCAAUGCAAAUUUUGCUUACAAUAAUGAAAUAUUUUAGGUGGGCUCAUGUUGGCAUCAUUGCAUCCAGUGAUGAUAUUUGGAUGUACACAGCCAAGGAGGCAGCAACCGCGCUCAGGAACCAUGGGCUACCUGUAGGCAUUGUUACAUCCGUGCAUAAGGGAGAAAAAGGCAUUGAAGACACCUGGAACAAGGUUAAACAAGUUAAUAACAUUAAAAUUAUUCUCCUGUGCAUGCAUUCUGUUCUCAUCGGAGGGCAGGAACAGGCUGCCUUGCUCACAAAAGCUCUGGAAAUGGGACUAGCAGAUGGAAGAUACAUCUUUGUUCCCUAUGACACUUUGCUGUACAGUCUGCCUUACCAAAACAUCUCAUUCAGUGUCUUUGAUAAUGACAGCAAGCUCCGGGAGGCUUAUGAUGCUGUGCUGACCAUCACACUGGAGUCUGGAGAAAGGACUUUCUAUGAUGCAUUCAGGGAAGCUAAAGAAAGUGGUGAAAUAAUCAGGGAUUUGGAAGCCACACAGGUUUCUCCACUCUUUGGAACAAUCUAUGAUGCCAUUUACUUCGUGGCAAUGGCUAUGGACAGUGCACAGAGGAACGGAGUCAGAGCCUCAGGAGCCACCAUAGCUGAGCACACAAAAAACUUCAGCUUCCCUGGGUUUAGCCACCAGGUAGAGACAGACAGCUGUGGGAAGGGGCUGGACAAGUACGUGGUACUGGACACAGAUGGUCAUGGGAACCAGCUUUUCCCAACCCACCUGCUGGACAUGUCUGCAGCCUCUGUGCUGCCCCUAGGCCGGGCCAUCCACUUUCCCAAUGAAAUUCCACCCAAACCAGACCCCAGCUGUUGGUUUGAUCCAGAUGUUCUCUGCACUGAAGGGAUUGAGCCUGCUGUCAUUUUCUUGGGAGUAAUGCUGUUAUUUGUCCUGGUGUUGUGUGCUGUGGGCCUGGCUUCUCUCAUCAGGCAGAGUAUCCUGAACAACCAGCUUUUCAGGGGUCCAAACAAGAUCAUACUGACCUUGGAUGACCUCGUCUUCAUCAACCCAGAGAUACAUAGAAAGAGGCUGACCUUGGACAGUCUGACUGAUGCAAACAGCAUAGCAGCCAAGAACAGAAGCAUGAUAUCCGUAACCCGUUCCGCUUCCUUGAAAAGCACAGUGGCCACCCAUGAAACCUCCAACGUGGCUUUGUAUGAGGGAGACCAAGUGUGGCUGAAAAAAUUUGAGACAGGAGCAAUUCACAAUCUGAGGCAAAGCUCCACCAGCAUCUUAAGGAAGAUGAAGGAUCUGCGUCAUGAAAAUGUGAAUCUGUUCCUGGGCUUUUUCUCAGACUGUGGCAUCUUUGCCAUUGUGACAGAGUACUGCUCACGAGGCAGCCUGGAGGACUUGCUGAGAAACGAGGAUAUGAAACUGGACUGGAUGUUCAAGUCCUCUCUUGUGAUGGAUCUAAUUAAAGGAAUCAGAUAUUUGCAUCACCGAGAUUUUGCCCAUGGACGUCUCAAGUCUCGUAACUGUGUUGUGGAUGGCCGGUUUGUCCUGAAGAUCACUGACUAUGGUUAUAAUGAGAUCUUAGAGGCACAGAAAUGUCCCUAUAUUCAGCCAUCCCCAGAAGAAUUGCUCUGGACAGCUCCUGAGUUACUGCGGGACCCAGACAUGUGCAGAAAGGGCACAAUCAAGGGCGACAUUUACAGCUUUGCAAUCAUCCUGCAAGAAGUGGUUGCUCGGGGUCCACCUUACUGCACAUCAGAACUCUCAGCUGAAGAAAUUAUAAGGAAAGUGAAGAAGCCCCCUCCCCUGUGUCGCCCAAACGUAGCUCCUGAGGUAGCCCCCCUGGCAUGCAUCCAGGUAAUGAAGCAAUGCUGGGCUGAAGCCCCUGAACGACGUCCAACAUUUGAGGAGGUGUUUCAUAAGUUCAAAACCAUCAACAAAGGGAAAAAGACCAAUAUCAUUGACUCAAUGCUUAGGAUGCUUGAGCAGUACUCAAGCAACCUGGAAGAUUUAAUCAGUGAGCGGACUGAAGAGCUAGAGGUUGAAAAACAGAAGACAGAAAAACUGCUGUCACAAAUGCUUCCACCUUCAGUGGCAGAAGCUCUCAAGACUGGUGGCACUGUGGAACCAGAGUAUUUUGACCAGGUGACCAUCUACUUCAAUGACAUUGUGGGCUUCACAUCCAUUUCAGCCCUCAGUGAGCCCAUUGAAGUAGUUGACCUUCUGAAUGACCUUUACUCUCUCUUCGAUGCUGUUCUUGGAAACCAUGAUGUUUAUAAGGUGGAGACAAUUGGUGAUGCCUACAUGGUUGCCUCAGGGCUCCCAAAACGGAAUGGAAACAAGCACGCAGCUGAAAUAGCCAACAUGUCCUUGGACAUCCUCAGCUCCGUGGGAACAUUCAAAAUGAGGCACAUGCCAGACAUUCCCCUCAGGAUACGAAUUGGGCUGCACACAGGGCCCUGUGUGGCAGGCGUGGUGGGGCUGACCAUGCCGCGGUACUGCCUCUUUGGGGACACGGUGAACACGGCGUCAAGGAUGGAGUCCACGGGCCUGCCUUACAGAAUUCAUGUCAGCCAAAGUACAGUGGAUAUACUUCGGAAACUGAAUGAAGGCUAUGAAAUCAUACCCAGGGGGAAAACAGAACUGAGGGGUAAAGGAGUAGAAGAAACAUAUUGGCUGGUUGGGAAAAAAGGCUUCCAGAAACCCUUACCUAAACCUCCUGAAAUAAAGCCAGGACACUCCUGGCCAGAUGUACUGACCAGGAAAUUGAAAUCUGUCCUGAGAGACACAAAGAGGACACUAAGAAAGCAAAGAGCUGGGAAGCAUGAAGGAGAAAUAAGUUUUGAAGAGGAUGAAAUCUGA